AAGUCCCCCCCGGUAGAAACUGUGCCUGAUUUGUGGCCGAUGUUGGAGAUGUAAAAAAAAAAAAAAAAAAAAAAAAAACAGGAGGAGGAAGAAAACCACACACUACCCUGGGUAGCUAUGGAGAUGGAGCCUUUUCCUGGCCGCUUUCUUUGACAGGCGUCGAGUAGGGGCUUAAAAAUCUUUCAAAAACGGAGUCCAACAUGUACGCCAAAGGGAAAGGAACCGUUGUGCCGUCCGAUAGCCAAGCGCGAGAGAAGUUGGCUUUAUACGUCUACGAAUACUUGUUACAUGUUGGUGCUCAGAAAUCUGCACAGACCUUCUUGUCUGAGAUCCGGUGGGAGAAGAACAUUACUCUAGGAGAACCCCCAGGAUUCCUGCAUUCAUGGUGGUGCGUGUUCUGGGAUCUGUACUGCGCCGCCCCGGACAGACGCGAGACCUGCGAGCAUUCCAGCGAGGCCAAGGCCUUCCAUGACUACAGUGCAGCAGCGGCGCCCAGCCCUGUAAUGGGCAACAUGCCCCCUAAUGAUGGCAUGCCUGGUGGACCCAUGCCCCCUGGCUUCUUUCAGGGCCCUCCCGGGUCGCAGCCGUCUCCCCAUGCACAGCCUCCCCCACACAACCCCAGCAACCCCAUGAUGGGACCCCACGGCCAGCCCUUCAUGUCUCCGCGGUACCCGGGUGGACCUCGGCCGUCCCUCCGCAUGCCAAACCAGCCUCCUGUCGGGGUUCCUGGGUCACAGCCACUCUUGCCAAACAAUCUGGACCCCACCAGGCCACAAGGACACCCCAGCAUGGGCGGCCCGAUGAGAAUGAAUCCACCUAGAGGGAUGGGUAGCAUGGGUCCACAGAACUACGGUGGAAUGAGGCCACCUCCGAACUCUCUGGGUGGGCCAGGCAUGCCAGGAAUGAACAUGGGUCCAGGAGGACGGGGUCCUUGGCCGAAUCCCAAUACUAACUCGAUAGCGUACUCCUCCUCAUCUCCAGGCAACUAUGUCGGUCCCCCAGGGGGAGGUGGUCCACCAGGAACUCCCAUCAUGCCAAGUCCAGGAGAUUCGACAAACUCGAGUGAAAACAUAUACACAAUGAUGAACCCUAUCGGCCCUGGAGGCAACAGACCCAACUUCCCUAUGGGCCCGGGUCCUGACGGUCCGAUGGGAGGGAUGGGAUCCAUGGAGCCUCAUCAUAUGAACGGAUCAUUAGGGUCUGGUGACAUGGAUGGGUUGCCAAAGAACUCGCCCAGUAACAUGGCAGGCAUGAACAACCCGCCGGGCACACCGCGAGACGACGGCGAGAUGGGUGGCAACUUCCUCAACCCGUUCCAAAGUGAAAGUUAUUCACCCAACAUGACGAUGAGCGUGUGAUCCCACCUUUUUUUUCUAUUAUUAUUAUUAUUAAUUAUUAUUGUUAUUAUUUUAUUUCAUUUUAUUUCCCUUCUAUUUGUUUUGUACCCCCGCAUUCCUUUCGGACACCGCACCACAAACCCCACGCCACAACCCACAGAACUUUUGGGCCGGGCUACGCAGCCUCACAAGGGACUUACGCCAAAAUGGCCGCCGCUGACAGGAAGCAGCCCCCGAGCCACAGGAAGAGCCUGCUGACUGACUCGCUCUGCCUUCCUCUCUGGCUCAGGACACUGAAAGAAGGGGCUUUGAGAAUAAACAUACACACACACACACACACACACACACGAAAGGACCAGACUGAUGGGCAGGACAGGACCGUUUGUCUUUGGCUCAGCUCUUUUUAACACACUCCAUCUCUUCUUCUCUCUUUUUCCUUCUUGUUCCUCGUUAUCGCGGUAGAUUUCACUCUGGGACGCGCGAUCCCUUGUUUUUAUUGUAAUUUUUUUUUUUUUCAUUUUUAUUCCCACUCCCAUUUUAAACGUGUACAUUUUUCAACACUCAUGAAGAUGUGACGGGCCAUGAACGCUUCCAUUAUUUCUGUGUAUGUAUUGUAUUAUUAAUAAUUAUUGUUCCUUUUUUUUAUUAUUAUUAUUAUUAUUUUGUAUUAAUAUUGUAAUGAUAAUUGAUAAGGGUAUUUUUUUUUCUGUCUCAGAAGGGCACAUUUGUAUCUCAAUAACCAUGAAAUCGUCAGAGUAAGCACAUAUUCACGACACCCAGUGGAAACUCUAUGAUUUAUUAUAAAAAAAAAUUUUUUUUUUUUUUUUGGUGAAUUUGUCUGUGUUUUAUUUGAAUGUUUUUGAGGGAGAUGUCUUUUUUUUUUUUUUUUUGUUUUGUUUUAACAUUUCAAUGGCUUUGCCUGACGACUUUUUAAAUUCCCCUUUUACAUAAUGUGUAGCGAUUUGACCGAAAGCUCCACGGCGGGUGUAGAGCGUUUCUAAUAGUAAACUUUCACUCCAUGACUUAUCUCUCUGCUGUCGCUGUGUUAUUACGCUCUCUGUCCACACAGUACGGUUUGAAACACACUGUCACUCUGUGGCUUACUUUCGCGGAUCCACGACAAAGAAAACGAGAAAUAAGUUUCCUCCGUAAUAAAAAAAAAAAAAAAAAAUCAAAAAAACCCUAUUUUUUUUUUAUUAUUUUUUUUAAAUGUUGGUACUUUUUUUUUUUUUUUUUAAAUAUUCUUGGCUUUGUUCACGUUAUUUUUAUUUAUUUUCCCGCUUCUCCGCACCCUCCUCCAUGUGUGUGUCUUGCAACAUGCAGCUUGCUUCAGGACAUUGUAAACAUGUAAAUAAUGCCAGUCUAAAGAUACCUCCUGCUGAAUCGACCCCUGUCCCGCCUGCAUGUUCCUGAAUACAGGGCGUCUCGGGAAGGUGAAGGGGGAAACGAACGUCCGCUGAGACGCAACCCGUGCGUGCUUUCUCAUUGUUUUCAGACGGAAAAGGCUCGACGUUCUUCUCGGCUGAUGUGAGGCAUCGCGUCUACCUCUGCUCCUGUGGAACGUGCACCGUGACGAGCAGAGCAUCAUACAGACCUGCUUGAAUCAUGAGCGAACGCUGCUUUUUUUUUUUCUUUCUUUUUUUUUCUUUCUUUCUUUUUCUUUUUCAAGACUACCUAGUUCUUGUUGUUACUGAUGGAGCUUCACAUCACGUGAUCAUCAGCAUCCAGAGACGCCGUCUCUCCUGUAGUAGCAGAGUACGGAGCAGGAUUCCUCAACAUUGUUGAUUUUUAUUUUUGUUAGGUUUUUUAUUUUUUUAUUUUUUUUAAAAUAUCUAUCGAACUGUUUCACGUCAGAGCCGCUAGCUUUUUUUUUUUUUUUUGUUAGUUCCUCCAGCCUCCCGUUAUUCGAGUACACCGCCUUGUACGUGACGUCACCUUUUCUUUUUUUUUUCCCCUUCCUCGGCCAUGUGCUUCUUUGUAAAUACUGUAAAAUGCAUUUUGAUAUCAUUGACAUGUGUUUUUUUGUUAUUCCAGUUCUGACAAAUGAACACAGCACUGGAGAAGAAGGAACAACAGGUCAAUAGGAAACAGCUGAAGUUCUGUUCCCACUGGAGGGGGGGGGGGGACAAACACGGGGGGAAAAAAACUGUGUGAAAGGAAAGAAGUCGUCCUAUUGCACUGAUUAAUCCACAGAUUAGGUGAACGAUGAGAGGCAAAUGUGUAGCAGUCUCAACACACUCCUGUUUCAGCCUUGACCUGAAUGCUCAGGAUCCCCAAACCCAGACACCCCCCCCCCCCCCAGACAGACAGACAGACUUUCCACGCUUGUGCACUUUCCAAAGAAUAAUAAAUAAAUACAACCAGGCUUUAGGACGAAAGAUUUGUAUCUAUUUAAAAUAAAAUAAAAAAAAAUUGUUGGAAAGAAAAAAAAAGGAAAGUUUUAAAAAGUAAGAACUGAGAAUGAUUAUUAUUGUAUUUUUUCUAUGGUUAGAAUCCCAAGUUGAACACUACUCCCAGUGUAAGGUGCACUUCCCUAGGGAGUAGGGAGUAGUUUGGGAUCGAGCUGGAGGCUCCGCCCUGUUUGCUUUGCCGUGUCUGUCCCAUAGGCCAUUUCCGAACUACUGUUGUGACGCUGUAUAAUAAUGUAACAUUAAGGAGAAAAGGAAGGGAGCUUUGUCGGUCGUCUGGGUUGGUUUGGUUUUUUUUUUCUCGUUUUUUUUCUCCACAAAAACGGAACAAGCAGUAUUGAGUAUGAAGCAGUGAUAUAUAAAUAUAUAUAUUUUAUUUUAUUUUUCCUUUGGCCUCCUUUGAUUUUGCUUUCAAUUUCACAUUAGAAUAGACUUGCUCCUUGUCUUCUAGGGACUUUUUUUUCUGUGUCUCGUGUAGUUAAUGUUUCUUUCUAUUGUAAAAAAUUUCUUUAGACUGAAAAGAAAAAAAAAAGUCGUUUACCUAAAAAAACAAAACAACAAAAAAAAAACCUAAAAAAAAAAAUGGAAAAAAUGCAUCAAUAAUAAAUGUAAUUCUUUUCUUUUUUCCAUGGAGUCGUCACUUAUUUUUGCUCGUGUCCCUUCGUUGUAGAUACAAAUUUAAGACUAAUAAAAAUAACGUAAUCCCUUUUA